UAGGUUGCAAGGGGGUGUUAGUGGGAUAUUUCCUCAGCAAGAUGGCGGUGACGGUCGAGCUUGGCGAGAUCGGACGCUUCAGCCGGUGUGUGCGUUGCGGCUAGAAACCCUGCAGCGGCCGGCACGCACGCACGCACCCACCCACCCACUCACUCACUCGGAGCGGUGGUCUUGGUGUGUUUGGUGUUGGGAUUAAAAAUUCCUUUGCAAGGAGUAAGAUUCCCGAGCGUCUCUCCUCCCGCCUCCCCCUCACGAUAUCUGUCUCUCUCCCCAAUAAAAUGGCAACCAUGGAGAAACUGAUGAAGGCCUUCGAGUCACUAAAGUCAUUCCAGCAGGGACCGUCCAGCGAGGAGCCGGGGCAAAAACAGAAGAAAGAAUCUGCCACAACCAAAAAGGACCGUGUAACUCACUGCCUGACCAUAUGUGAAAAUAUAGUCGCACAGUCUCUUAGGAACUCACCGGAAUUUCAGAAGUUGUUGGGGAUUGCAAUGGAAAUGUUCCUGCUGUGUUGCGAUGAUACAGAAUCUGAUGUCCGGAUGGUAGCAGAUGAAUGUUUAAAUAAAAUUAUUAAGGCCCUAACUGACUCAAAUCUGCCUCGGUUACAACUAGAAUUGUAUAAAGAAAUUAAAAAGAAUGGCCCAUCAAGGAGUUUACGGGCUGCACUUUGGAGAUUUGCUGAGCUGGCUCACCUUGUUCGUCCACAGAAGUGCAGACCAUACCUUGUAAACCUGCUUCCCUGUCUGGGCCGGAUCAGCAAGCGAUCGGAAGAAUCUGUGCAGGAGACUCUGGCUGGUGCUUUGCCAAAGAUCAUGAUGGCCCUGGGCAACUUUGCAAAUGACAGUGAAAUCAAGAUGUUGUUGAAGACUUUCAUUGGAAACCUUAAAUCAAGUUCACCAACCAUUCGUAGGACUGCAGCCAGCUCUGCUGUUAGCAUCUGUCAGCAUUCAAGAAAAACGCAAUACUUCUACACUUGGCUGUUGAAUGUGCUUUUGGGCUUUAUGGUCCCUGUGGAAGAAGACCGACCCACUCCACUUAUUUUGGGAGUAAUGCUAACCCUGAGGUACCUGAUGCCUUUACUGCGGCAACAAGUGAAGGACACUAGUCUACGAGAUAGCUUCGGUGUGACUCGGAAGGAGGCUGAAAUCUCCCCUUCCUUGGAGCAGCUCAUACAGGCGUACGAAUUGACACUACACUACACUCAACACCGGGAUCACAAUGUGGUGACGGCAGCUUUGGAGAUGCUGCAGCAACUGUUCCGUACCCCUCCUCCGGAGCUACUCCGGGCCCUGACGACUCCCAGCAGUAUUACUAGAGUUAGCAUUGCUCGUGAUGACACCUCAAAUCGGGUUCGCAGUGGCAGCAUUGUGGAACUGAUAGGCAAAAUGGUUUCUGGAGAAGAGGAUGGACUUGAAGAUGAUUCAGAGACCCGGUCAGAAGUUAGCACUACCACUUUUCCAGGUUCAAUAAAUAGCGAAGGAACUGUCGAUGUUCCAUCACCUUCGGGUGCUUCUACCUUGGGAUCAACAAGCCCAGUGCCAGAUUCUACUGGGCACGAUAUCAUCACUCAGCAGCCGCGUUCCCAGCAUACCCUCCAGCCUGCAGACUCUGUCGAUCUCAAUAGUUCGGCGAUGUCAGACCUGACUGGCCUGGCAGUCGAGGGGGAUGUUGAUGAGGCUCUGAGCCGAAGUUCCAGUCAGAUAAGCACCAUCCAGUCAGACACCAACGCAGACCAGAACGACAGGACCAAUCAGGCUAUAUCGCCACUCAGUGAGAGUUCCCAGACGACCGAGGGCCCAGACUCAGCCGUGACCCCGUCCGACAGUUCUGAGCUUGUACUCGAUGGGACAGACAGUCAGUAUUCAGCAAUGCAGAUCGGGCAGCUUCAAGAUGAGGAGGAGGAUACCUCAAAUACUCCUGGAGAUGCACUUCUAGAUGGCUUCACAAGUUCCACCCUGGCAGUAAACAAAUCUCAUUUGUUAAGUCACAUGGGCCACAGCCGGCAGUCCUCUGACAGCAGUGUUGAUCGUUUUGUCGCAAAGGAUGACUGCGUUGAGUCAGCAGAUCUUGAUAUCAAGCCCUGCAGAAUAAAGGGAGACAUUGGCCAUUAUACGGAUGAGAAUGCUGCCCCUCUGGUCCAUUGUGUUCGUCUCCUUAGUGCAUCUUUUCUUUUAACGGGACAGAAGAGUGGACUCAUCCCUGACAGAGAAGUGAGGGUCAGUGUCAAAGCACUGGCGGUGAGCUGUGUUGGAGCUGCCAUUGGACUUCAUCCUGAGGCUUUCUUCAAUAAACUGUACAGGACUCCACUUGAAGUUUUAGAGAGUCAAGAGGAACAGUGCAUAUCUGAUAUUUUGAAGUACGUUGACCAUGGAGAUCCACAGAUAAGAGGUGCCACUGCCCUCCUCGCUUCAACAUUCAUUCAUUCUAUUCUGACCAAGACUCGGUUUAAUCCAGAAAAUUGGCUUGCCGCAGUGCGAGGCACUGCAGGACAUGGUGUCUCGUUGGAGGAUUGUGUGCCUUUACUCCAGAAAACCCUGAAGGAUAAGUCAUCUGUAACUUGCAAACUGGCUUGUGCUGCUGUCCGGCACUGUAUCACGAGCCUAUGCAACAGCAGCUACAGCGAGUUGGGUUUGCAGCUCACCAUAGACCUCUUGACCUUGAAGAAUAACUCUUACUGGCUAGUGAGGACUGAACUAUUAGAAACUCUGGCAGAGAUGGACUUCCGGUUAGUUGGCUUCCUGGAGAGGAAAACCGUGGAACUUCACAGGGGUCAACAUCACUACACUGGGAUGUUGAAGCUUCAGGAGCGAGCCGUCAACGAUGUCAUCAUUCAUUUGCUUGGAGAUGAAGACCCAAGGGUACGACAUGUGGCGGCUACAACUCUUGUGAGGCUGAUACCUCGGCUGUUUUUUGACUGUGAUCAGGGGCAGUCUGAUCCGGUGGUAGCCGUAGCCAGAGACCAAAGCAGUGCACAUCUGCAGCUUCUCAUGCAUGAGACUCAAUCUCCUUCUCACUUUGCAGUUAGCACCAUCACCAGAACCUACAGAGGAUUCAACAUUUCACAGAGCACCACUGACGUGACGAUAGAGAAUAACCUGUCCCGUGUCAUCACUGCAGUAUCUCAUGCAUUAACCUCAUCCACCUCCCGAGCUCUUAUACUUGGUUGCUGUGAGGUUUUGUCUUUGCUCUCCUUGAACUACCCUGUGUGCAACUGGAGCAUUGGUUGGCACUGUGGGUAUACGACCAGCAGUUCACAAGCAUCCAGAGUCCACUUAUACAAGAAUAGGGGGCGUUCUUUCAGUUUAUCGCAGAACAGUCCGACGGAUGAUCCCCGUAAAAGCUGUACUGUGGGGAUGGUCAAUAUGAUACUGUCUCUGCUUUCCUCAGCCUGGUUUCCUUUGGACCUUUCUUCCCAUCAGGAUGCCUUAAUAUUGUCAGGAAACCUGCUGGCGGCCAUUGCACCCAAAUCCCUGAAGAAUCCCUGGGCCAAUGAAGAUGAUGCUGGUACAACCACUAAACUUGAAGAACCAUGGCCUGCUUUGGCUGAUAGGACCUUGGUAGGGAUGGUGGAACAGCUAUUCUCUCAUCUGAUGAAGAUCAUCAAUAUCUGUGCACAUGUGAUUGAUGAUGUUGCACCUGGUCCUGCACUAAAGGCAACUCUCCCUUCACUUGCGAAUACGCCAUCCCUCAGCCCAAUCAGGCGUAAAGGAAAGGAGAGGGAGUCAGCAGAGCAGGCGGCUGCACCAAUGAGCCCAAAGAAAAGUACUGAAUCCAGUCCAGCUGCCAGGCCCGCAGAUACUGUAGGAGCUGCACCAACAAGCAAGUCCACCUCGCUUGGCAGUUUUUACCACCUGCCUCCUUAUCUGAAGCUGCAUGAUGUUCUGAAGGCAACGUAUGCAAACUACAAGGUCACCCUGGACCUUCAGAACAAUAAUGAGAAGUUCGGCAGCUUCUUGCGAGGAGCUUUGGAUGUUCUCUCUCAGCUUCUUGAGAUUGCAACACUUCCUGACAUUGGGAAGUGUGUGGAAGAGAUCCUGGGCUAUCUGAAGUCCUGUUUCUGCAGGGAACCCAUGGCAGCCACUGUCUGUGUGCAGCAGUUAUUGAAGACGCUUUUUGGAACAAACCUAGCAUCGCAGUAUGACGGCUCAUCCUCUAACCCCAGCAAAUCACAAGGGAAGGUGCAGCGCCUGGGUUCCUCCAAUCUAAGGCCAGGACUAUAUCACUACUGCUUCAUGGCCCCAUAUACCCACUUCACCCAGGCACUAGCUGAUGCCAGUCUAAGGAACAUGGUCCAAGCGGAACCUGAGCAGGACACAUCUGGGUGGUUUGAUGUGCUGCAAAAAGUUUCAUCACAGCUGAAGGUCAGUCUGACGAAUGUAGCCAGGCAUCGAGCUGAUAAGAAUGCAAUACACAACUACAUCCGACUCUUUGAGCCUCUGGUCAUCAAGGCCUUGAAGCAAUACACCACCACCACUUCAGUCCAUCUGCAGAGACAAGUGCUUGACUUGUUGGCUCAGCUUGUACAGCUCAGGGUGAACUACUGCCUACUUGAUUCAGAUCAGGUAUUCAUUGGGUUUGUUCUGAAGCAGUUUGAAUACAUCGAGGUGGGCCAGUUUAGGGAAUCAGAGGCCAUCAUUCCAAACAUAUUUUUCUUCCUGGUAUUGCUGUCGUAUGAGCGCUAUCACUCCAAGCCAAUCAUUGGAAUUCCCAAAAUUAUCCAACUGUGUGAUGGGAUCAUGGCCAGCGGUCGGAAAGCUGUUACACACGCAAUCCCGGCGUUACAGCCUAUAGUUCAUGAUCUGUUUGUUCUGCGAGGGACCAAUAAAGCUGAUGCUGGCAAGGAGCUGGACACACAGAAGGAAGUAGUGGUUUCCAUGUUGCUGAGACUCAUCCAAUACCACCAGAGCUGCAGUAAACAUCUUGAAAUGGUCUUGGAGAUGUUGAUCCUGGUGUUGCAACAGUGUCACAAGGAGAAUGAGGAUAAAUGGAAACGCCUCUCCCGUCAGAUAGCUGACAUGAUUCUACCGUUGCUGGCUAAACAACAGAUGCAUCUUGAUUCACAUGAGGCCUUAGGGGUGCUGAAUACACUCUUUGAGACAGUGGCACCCUCAUCACUGCGACCUGUCGACAUGUUGCUGAAGAGUAUGUUUGCAAUGCCUGGCACCCUGGCAUCAGUAGGAACAGUUCAGCUUUGGAUAUCGGGCAUCCUAGCUAUCCUGCGUGUCCUUAUUUCUCAGUCCACCGAGGAUAUUGUCCUGUCGCGGAUUCAGGAAUUGGCCCUGUCCCCUUAUUUGAUUUCCUGCCAGAACAUAAGUGUGUUGAGGGACCGAGGGAAUCAGAUCAUCCCACCAAAGGAGCAAGAUGAAGAGACACAGAACAAACAUCUACCAGAAGAAACUUUUGCCAGGUUCCUGUUACAGAUGGUGGGGAUCCUCCUGGAGGACAUCGUGAACAAACAGCUGAAAGUGGACAUGAGUGAACAGCAGCAUUCCUUUUACUGUCAGCAGGUUGGCACUCUGCUUAUGUGCCUCAUACAUAUCUUCAAGUCAGGGAUGUUUCGAAGAAUCACUGCAGCUGCCACCAGACUGAUUGUGGGGAAUGGCUCUGAUGGGAGCUUUUACACAUUGGAAAGCUUGAAUGCUUUGGUUCAGUCCAUAAUUCCCACUCACCCGUCCCUGGUGCUGCUUUGGUGCCAAAUCCUGUUGCUCGUGAACUACACAAAUUACAGCUGGUGGUCAGAGGUGCAUCAGACCCCGAAGAGACACAGCUUGUCCAGCACUAAGUUGCUGAGUCCUCAGAUAUCUGAAAAUGAAGAUUCAAAAUCUGCUUCUAAGCUGGGUGUGUGCAAUAGAGAAAUAGUUCGAAGAGGAGCUCUCAUUCUUUUCUGUGAUUAUGUGUGUCAAAAUCUUCAUGAUUCUGAGCACCUGACUUGGCUGAUAGUCAAUCAUGUUCAAGACCUCAUCAAUCUUUCUCAUGAGCCUCCGGUACAAGAUUUUAUCAGUGCUAUUCAUCGUAACUCUGCUGCCAGUGGGCUUUUUAUUCAAGCUAUCCAGUCCCGAUGUGACAAUCUUGCAACACCAACCAUGUUGAAGAAAACACUGCAGUGCUUGGAGGGAAUCCACCUCAGCCAGUCAGGAGCGGUCUUGAUGCUGUAUAUCGACAAGCUCAUCAGUACACCUUUCCGAGUGCUGGCACGGAUGGUGGACACACUGGCUUGCCGGCGAGUUGAGAUGCUCUUGGCAGAAAGCUUGCAGAAUAGUGUUGCCCAAGUGCCCCGUGAAGAGUUGGAAAGGAUUCAGCGUUAUCUACAGACCACUUGCCUUGCUCAGAGACACCAAAGAUUGUACUCCCUGCUGGACAGGUUCCGUACGACAGUUGCAGCUGACACAGUGAGCCCGUCACCAAUCGUGACCUCUCACCCGCUGGAUGGGGACAAGCUAUCCUCCAUGGAAUCUAUUGUUGUGGAUAAAGACUGGUAUGUGUCACUUAUUAAAUGGCAGUGCUGCAGCAAGUUAAAUACUGCUUUAAUGGAGUGCACAGAAUUACUUGAUAAACUUCCUGAAGAUGACCUCCGCUCUGUCAUGACAACUAAGGAGUUCAACUUGAACCUUUUGAUGCCCUGCUUGGCUUUGGGUUUGCACGGAAUCUCUGCAGACCAGACCAGUGUGCUGUUUGAAACCGCCAGGAAAGUUACCUUGGAUCAUGUGGCAUUCCAUGUCCAGCAUCUUCCCAGCAACCAUCAAGUGUUCCAAAGGUUGUGUCCUUUGCCCAAUUCCUCGUACUGGAAUAAGAUCGGUGAGCUUUAUGGAGAUACGCUGUUCUACCAUUCCGUUAUUAGCCUGUGUAAUGCAGUUGCCCAGUACCUUCUGUCUCUUCCCAAACUGCCACCAUAUCUUCAGAUUCCUUCUGACAGUGAGGCUGAUAUUGCCAGGUUCAUGGUCUUGUCUCUAGAGGCGCUGUGCUGGCAGUUGAUGCACGAUCAAGUUCCUCUAAGUCUGGACCUGCAAGCUACUCUGGAUUGUUGCUGCUUAGUUCUGCAGCAGCCUGGCAUUUGGAACUUGCUGGCCUCUGCGGCCUAUGUAACUCAAGCCUGCUCGAUUAUCAACUGCAUCCGGUUCAUCAUCGAAGCAAUGGCGGUUGAACCGGGAGAGCAGCUGCUGCUUCAUGAGGAGGGGAGCAAAUUAAAUACUGAUGGAGCUGUUGUUGAGGAUGAAGAAAGUGCAAAUGUGUCUGAGCGAUCCAAGUGCAUUGCAAAGGCCUGUAAUGUGAUGACUGAAAUGGUGGAGUGUCUCCAAUCUAUUCUGUCCUUCGGCCAUGCCAGCAACACACGAAUCCCAGCGUUUCUGAACACGACACUCAGGAAUAUUGGUAUUAGCUUAGCCCGACUGCCUCUGGUUAACAGCUACACCCGUACCCCUCCAUUGGUGUGGAAGUUGGGAUGGUCACCACAAGCCGGGGGUGAAUUCCGUACAACACUUCCUGAAAUCCCAGUCGAGUUUCUUCAGGAAAAAGAGGUCUUCAAAGAGUUCAUCUAUAGGAUAAACGUCCUUGGAUGGACAAGCCGCACUCAGUUUGAGGAAACCUGGGCAACCCUUCUUGGUGUGCUUGUGACUCAACCACUAGCGAUGGACCAGGAAGAGGAAGUUCCACAAGAGGAGGAUACGGAGAGGACCCAGAUUAAUAUUCUUGCAGUGCAAGCGAUAACGUCCUUGGUGCUAAGUGCUAUGUCAAUUCCAGUGGCAGGGAAUCCAGCCACCAGCAGUCUUGAGCAUCAACCCCGUAAUAAAGCUCUGAAGGCUCUGGACACAAGGUUCGGAAGAAAACUUAGUGUCAUUCGAGGAAUAGUGGAGCGAGAAAUCCAAGCAAUGGUAUCAAAAAGGGACAACAUAGCAUCCCAUUACGCUUAUCAGGCAUGGGAUCCUGUUCCACCCCUCUCCCAUUCAACAUCUGGUGUCUUGAUAAGCCAUGAAAAACUUUUACUGCAGAUAAACACAGAACGGGAAAUGGGGAACAUGGAUUAUAAACUGGGGCAGGUCUCCAUUCAUUCUGUUUGGCUGGGUAACAACAUAACCCCUUUGAGAGAAGAGGAGUGGGAUGAAGAUGAAGAAGAUGAAAGUGAUGUGCCUGCUCCAUCCUCACCUCCAACCUCUCCAAUUAAUUCCAGGAAGCACCGAGCUGGGGUUGACAUUCAUUCAUGUUCUCAAUUCCUGUUGGAACUCUAUAGUCAGUGGGUCCUUCCCACAAACACUGGCAAGAAAACCCCCGUUGUCCUGGUCAGCGAGGUGGUAAGAUCGCUUUUGGCAGUUUCAGAUUUAUUUACCGAGAGGACCCAGUUUGAGAUGAUGUACAGCACUUUGACGGAACUUCAGAAAAUUCAUCCAGCUGAAGAUGAGAUUCUAAAUCAGUAUCUGGUCCCUGCUAUCUGCAAAGCAGCAGCUGUUCUGGGCAUGGAUAAGGCCAUCGCGGAGCCAAUAAGUCGUCUGUUGGAAACCACAAUGCGGAGUACCCACAUGCCAUCCCGAAUAGGAGCACUGCAUGGAAUCCUGUACAUCCUGGAGUGUGACCUAUUGGAUGAGACAGCGAAGCAGCUCAUUCCAACCAUUAGCGUUUAUCUGCUGGCCAACUUGCGUGGAAUUGCACACUGUGUCAACAUCCACAACCAACAACAUGUAUUGGUAAUGUGUGCAACAGCCUUUUACCUGAUUGAAAACUACCCGCUCGAUGUGGGCCAUGAAUUUACUGCAGGCAUCAUUCAGAUGUGUGGAGUAAUGGUUUCUGGCAGUGAGGAGUCCACACCAUCCAUUAUCUACCACUGUGUGUUGCGUGGAAUGGAGCGACUUCUUCUCUCGGAGCAGCUUUCGCGUCUGGACGGAGAGGCCCUGGUGAAACUCAGUGUGGAUAGAUUGAAUAUGCACAGUCCUCACCGAGCCAUGGCUGCCCUGGGACUGAUGCUAACCUGCAUGUACACAGGCAAAGAAAAGAGCAGCCCUGGUCGGAGUUCAGAAACUGAUACCACUGCUCCAGACAGCGAGUCCGUUAUUGUGGCAAUGGAGCGAGUUUCCGUUCUCUUUGACAGAAUCAGGAGGGGCUUUCCCUGUGAGGCUCGGGUUGUGGCACGGAUCCUUCCACAGUUCCUCGAUGACUUCUUCCCACCUCAAGACGUGAUGAAUAAGGUCAUUGGAGAAUUUAUUUCCAAUCAGCAACCUUACCCACAGUUCAUGGCUACAGUCGUUUACAAGGUGUUUCAGACCUUGCAUAAUACUGGACAAUCUUCCAUGGUGAGGGACUGGGUAAUGUUAUCGCUUUCAAACUUCACACAAAGAACACCAAUAGCAAUGGCGAUGUGGAGCCUCUCCUGUUUCUUCGUCAGCGCUUCAACCAGCGCAUGGAUCUCAGCUCUCCUCCCCCACAUUAUCAGCCGUAUGGGUAAGUCUGAGCAAGUGGAUAUAAACCUCUUCUGCUUGUUGGCCAUGGACUUCUACAGGAAACAGAUCGAUGAGGAGCUGGAUCGCCGUGCUUUCCAGUCGGUCUUUGAAAUGGUGGCGACUCCUGGCAGCCCCUAUCACCAGCUGUUGACCUGCUUGCGAAGCGUUCACCAGGUUGCACAGUUCUGAUUUGCAGUCUGAGGACUUGACAUGUGGAGAGGACUUGGUAAACACAGUGGCAUACACAGUGGGUUGGGACAGAAUGCAAGAGUCCCUUUGCAGCAAUCUCAGUAUUCUCAAGUCACACUCCCAGCAUGUUCCUUCCAAAUGUUCUGACUCUUCAGUUACUUGUUGUAAUGUGGUUGUAUGUCUAAUUUAGUGCAUAUAAUCACAAAACAUUAAUCUUCUCAGGAUGUAAGAUGUGGUAAUAUAAGUAAAACUUGUCUUUUAACCGAAGAUUUAUAUAUCAUGUAAAGUAUGUACAAUUGUAAAACCUGUGGUGCAUGAAUUUAUCCCAUAAUUUGCAAUGAACAAAACCACUAUGUUGAAUGUCUUCUACGUCUGUCUGUCCUUGGCUGUGGAUGAAGUCUGAGUGCGGUUUAAAAACAGGUGUGACUGUGGAGUACGAGUGAAUAUUUAUUUUGAUUUGGUGCGGGCCCAUAAUGCAGCAUUAAGUUCACAACUUCCAUCAAACAGCAUUUAAUUUCUUAAUGAAAUAGUGUGUCUAUGUACUAUACAAAGAAAAAUAUAUUUAUUAUUAGCUGUGAAGUUAAAGACAUAUCAUGAUCUGGUAUUCAGGUCAUAUUUGAGAAAGAGCAAAAUGAACCAAUUCUAUCAAGAUGAUGUAUUUAGUGGAAAAUGAAAUUUAGCACGUGGGUUUGAUAUUAUAAGGUUAAACAUUACAGCAAGUCAAGAGUUUAUUCGUCAUCUCAACAUAAGAAUCCGUGUUCAAAUUAAUUGGUUUUUCAUAUCUGAACUGUCAUAUUUCCAGAAUUUCAUAUUUUUUUUGUCAUUUGCGAGGCUAAAUUGUUUCAGAAUGAGAUCAGAUUAGAAUAACAAACCUAUGAUGGACUACUAUAGCAAAACACACAAAAUGUUAACAAACUGAACUUGAGCUGUUUUUGUGAAGGCUUAAUUUGUUUGCAAUUAUUUUUUUUUUCCAAAUCUGAAAUAUGAAGUGCAAUUGAAGAUAUAAAAUGGAAAGACGACCCUUGGCUAAUCAUGCAUUUACUGAUUUAAAUCAUUACUUGACUAUAUAAUUCCAUUUUAGGUGUUUUGAGACAGAAUCAAACUUUGAAAUGCUUCAGUAAAGCAAUAAUCUUGUUUUUUAUAAAGGGGUUGUAGUCCUGUUGCUAUCCACAUCAAGCAUUCUCAUGUUUUGUUAAGAUGAAUGUGUGCGAAUGCAUCUUUUCAUAUCUUCUUCCACAUGUCUAAUACUGGGACAGACACUUGCUUAGUUGCACAUAUUGACAAGAACACUGGCAGGGACACCAGGUUCAUUUAAGUCUGACGCAAUUUACUUGAUGUUUGGGUUGUUGGGCGGUGGGUGGGGGGUAGGAAUUAGGUGGGCAGGACCGUGAAGGGAACUUGAAUUUUCAUUGUAGUUUCCAAAUUUAAUGCUGUACAACCUGUGCUUCUGUCAUAUUCUGGCAAUGUGAUUUAAAUAUUGCCAACAACAGUAUCUAACAAACUUAGACUUAGCCAGUAGGAUAAGUUCUUACCAUUACUCAUGGUCUAUAUUGUGACAACCUCCUGCCACUGAGUGUCAUACUGUUGCUGUGUCCCGUGUUAGACUGUCUAUUUUUAUUUAUAUAUAUGUACACAUAUAUAUAUAUAUAGUUGAACAGACUGUCAAUAGGUACGGUGGAGCCGCUUCUAAAUUCCACAAAGAGACUCUUGAUCUGACAAUGUUCAUACAAUGGCUAUGACAGACACGUGGCUAGAGCCCUUGUAUUAAGUGUUAGUCCUCAUAGUACCCAUUAAAACCUAACUAAAAUGUUGCAUUUUAAUUCUAAAUGACUUAAUUUGCACUUUGAAAAAUAAAAGAACUUGCUGAAACGUG